GAUCUGCGACAGAAAAUCUUUACUGCGCUGAAAGAAAAUGUGAAAGUAGUGCUUUGGAUCAGGCGCAAUUUAUCCGACCAACCGCUGUUGAUAUUUCUGGCUGAGACGUACUCGUGUUUUCUAGAAUUGAAGUUUACGGACAACGUUCAGUUGGGUGUAGAAUUCUUCAUUUUGGAAACAUUAUUUCGUGUUAGGAGAGCUCUCUUUCGUUUCCUUCGCCAUUAUGGUUAAAACGUUUCAAGCGUAUCUCCCUCACUGCCAUAGAACCUAUAGCUGUAUUCACUGUCGGGCUCAUCUGGCAAACCACGACGAACUUAUUUCUAAGUCGUUCCAAGGUAGUCAAGGGCGGGCGUACUUGUUCAAUAAAGUAGUGAACGUCGGCUGCGGUCCAGCUGAAGAGCGAGUUUUGUUGACAGGACUGCACGCAGUUGCCGACAUUUAUUGCGAGUGCUGUAAAACCACCUUGGGUUGGAAAUACGAACAUGCCUUUGAGAACAGCCAAAAGUAUAAGGAAGGAAAGUUCAUCAUCGAAAUGGCCCAUAUGAUCAAAGACAAUGGAUGGGAAUAGGCAAAUAAUAAAAUAGGACCUACCACAGUGGACUAAAAAUUUUUUAUAAGCCCUGUGGGCAGACUUUGGAUUUUGUACAGAGAUUAUGUUUUAUUCAUAAUGUUGAAAGAGCUUUUAUACCUAAACAAAACCAUACAGAUAUUCUGGUUUACGAACAGAACAACUGAGACCUCUUUCGUAAAGAAAUCGUGGUCAUUUUCUCUGUAAGUAGAAGAAAUUGCUCAUCUCGGGGUCUGUCUUGCGCAUAUUGCGCUGGUAAGUAUCUUGUGAACGUCAUGAGCUUCCCCUAAGCUUGUAACGAGAAAGCUUGUAUAGUUAAAGUCGUUAAUAUACUUGAAAUCUUGUAAAUAUGAAAAUCAUAUUGUAGGACAUGUUUUAUUUGACUUGUGUGCCGAGGAAGACAAUAUUAAAAUUGUUUGGGUUGGUACAAAUUUA